ACAGAUAUUGUUCAGAUGAACAGGUUAAUCAUUGACCUGAUUCCAGACAGUGUGUAUAAAGCCCAGGAUCCUCACUGUUUGAGGGAGAGGGCUGUCAGUUGUUCACCUAACAUCACCAACACACAGCUGGAGAAGCAGCUCGACAACAAAAUGAGAAUUACACUAAUUCCCUUUUUGUUGGCCCUGACUGCUGCCUGUGUGCCUGCCCUCUGUGGCAACGAGGAGCAGCCUGUCCCCAAGCCCGAGGCCCCGGUUGGAACCCGCUCCAGCUUUGCUGCUCUGGACGAUGUGCGCCUUCUGGCGAACGGCCUCCUUCAGCUGGGUCAGAGCCUUCGGGAGUUUGUGCACAAGACAAAGGGACAGAUAAAUGACAUCGUCCAGAAGCUUAACAUCUUUGACCAUUCGUUUUACCAGCUAUCAGUGCUCGCUAGUAAAAUUAAAGAGGAAGAAGAGGAGCUGAAGAAGACCACCGUGGUACUGAAGGCUAACAGUGAAGAGAUCAAGGGCCUGUCUGUUGAGAUUAGCUCCAAAGUGGACGGCAUCCUGCAGGAGAAGAAUCGGUUACAGAACAAGGUGGAUGGGAUGGAGGAGAAGCUGCGCAGCCUGACACAUGGCCUGGUGACGAGCAAACAAGUGGGAGAGAUCAAUAGUCUCAAGGAGUUGAUCCACGGCCAGGAGCGGAGCAUUACGGAGCUGCUGAAGGCUAUGAGGGAACAGAGUGACCAGCUCAACCACCAAAGGAUUAUGAUCAAGACUCUGGAGGAAAAGCUUGCAGUCAAUACAUUGACCCAGGAGACCAUUGAGAGGAUGCCUGAAAUCCUGAACAGCGAAGCACCAACACUCACCCCUUAUCUGACCUCAAGCUCUACCAGCACCACCGACAUGAUGAAUCUGCCAUCAGACUGCAGUGACCUGUUCAACAGAGGGGAAGGAGUCAGCGGCAUCUAUGCCAUCAGACCCACCGGAACAGAGCCCUUCAUGGCCUUUUGUGACAUGAGCAAAAAUCAUGGAGCAACAGUCAUUCAGCGAAGGAGGGAUGGUUCAGUGAAUUUUGAUCAAAUCUGGGACAAGUAUGAAAAUGGGUUUGGAGAUUUUCAAGGGGAGUUUUGGCUGGGUCUCAGAAAGAUCCACGCUCUAGCCGCUCAGGGAAACUCUGUCCUUCACAUCCAGCUGGAAGACUGGAAACAGGGCAGGCACUUCAUCGAAUACAGAUUUUACCUUAGUGGUCUUGACAGCAACUACACCAUUCAUCUCACGCAUCUGUCAGGAGAUUUGGCAGACCCCAUGAGCAACCACACAGGCAUGAUGUUCUCCACCAAGGACAGGGACAAUGACAACCACCAGGACUCCAACUGUGCUCACAACUACACAGGUACAGCAGGUGGAUGGUGGUUCAAUGCCUGCGGAGAGACCAAUCUGAAUGGGAGAUAUUUCCACAUGAGACCUAAGGGGCGCUCAGAGAGAAGGAGAGGGAUUCAAUGGAGGCCGGGUCAAAAGGCUUCUUACUCCCUCAAGCUCACUCAGAUCUCUGUACACCCUAUGGCUUCCCCCAGCACCACCUCCUCCACUUCAGCCUCAUCUGAGACAGAUGUCUUUCUGAGAUCCAGCACCAGAAUUCUCCAGUGAAAUUUGCAUUUAACAGUGGCCUCUUCAGGAGAGACUUGGAAAUGUUUCCUUUGGGCCAGCCAUAGUUUAAGAAGGCUUACGCCGGCUACACACUGGAUGCGUGGCGUGAGCGUGGCGUUUCUGUUGCGUGUCAGUUGUGUGGCGACUGCGUGGCGUUUUCUAUGUCUUUGCACACCAGAAAC